CAGUUAUGAGGAAUGCCUCAGUGGUGACCAUGUUUAUUCUGCUGGGCAUCCCACACACAGAGGAUCUGGAGACCAUGCUCUUUGUCCUCUUUUUGUCAUUCUACAUCUUUACCCUUAUAGGGAACCUGCUCAUCCUCCUGGCAAUUGUCUCCUCCACUCGGCUUCACACUCCCAUGUACUUCUUCCUGUGUGAACUGUCUAUGUGUGACAUAUUUUUUCCUUCUGUGAGUUCCCCCAAGAUGCUCUUCUACCUCUCAGGGAACAGCCGAGCCAUCUCCUACGCAGGCUGUGUGUCCCAGCUCUUCUUCUACCAUUUCCUGGGUUGUACAGAGUGUUUCCUGUACACAGUGAUGGCCUAUGACCGCUUUGUUGCCAUCUGUUACCCUCUACGCUAUUCAAUAAUCAUGAGUCACAGAGCGUGUGCCCUCCUGGCCAUAGGGACCUCUUUUUUUGGCUGCAUUCAGGCCACCUUUCUAACUGCUCUCACCUUCCAAUUGCCCUACUGUGGCCCCAAUGAGGUGGACUAUUACUUCUGUGAUAUCCCAGUGAUGCUGAAGUUGGCUUGUGCCGACACCUCUGCCCUGGAGAUGGUGGGGUUCAUCAGUGUGGGCCUCAUGCCCCUCAGCUGUUUCCUUCUCAUCCUCACCUCCUACAGUCGCAUUGCCUACUCCAUCCUGCAGAUCCGCUCUGCAGAGGGCCAGCAACGUGCCUUCUCCACCUGCAGUGCCCACCUCACUGCCAUCCUGCUCUUCUACAUGCCAGUGGUCCUCAUCUACCUAAGGCCAACCCCAAGUCCUUGGAUGGAUGCAACUGUCCAGAUCCUGAAUAACCUGGUUACCCCCAUGCUGAACCCCUUGAUCUACAGCCUCAGGAAUAAGGAGGUGAAGUCAUCUCUGAGAAAGGCCCUACGUCAACUGGGCUUCCAUCCUGAGCAGUUGCAGAGAGAUGAGUAA